AUGUCACCACGAAUUGAUGGCACGGGGCCUGUAUUCUCUUCGAACUCUAGGCGAUUCAAUCUUCUAUCGAGGAGCAUGUCCAAACUUUCGCAAACUACCCCAUUACUAGUAGAAUUACUUGUCCACAAGCAUCAUAUCUCGAUGUUUGAACAGAUCAUUCCACUGGGCUCUGUAGGAUAUAUCGACGGCUUGACCAGGAUAUUCGUCGUGCUGUUCAGUGCUAUUUGUCCGGCUUCUUCCACAGACCACGAAUUCAUUAUCCAAAUAUUCCCCGUCCCGGAUUACGAGUAUAAAAAGUCGGUUAUCUUGCGCAGGCUCGGAGCUUGGACCAAAGAGAGAUCAGUGUAUACUAUACCUCUGGGAUUCGACAUGGCAAAGAUGCUCUUUCUUGCGCUCGGCCGUGCUUAUUCCCCGGAACUUGUAGGAGAUUGUUUCGACUUCCCUGACCAAGUCGUGCUUUAA